GUCACCAGGAAGGCGCCGCCCAUCGGGCCAGGGACUGCCCCCAUCUGCUGGACGUUCCGCUCAAGGGGAAGGGGCGGCUCUGCAGGAGAGGAGGCGCCAGACGAAUCAGAGGCCCUCGAGGCCGACGACCACUGGAUGACGUUCGACAGAGCGCACGUUGAAGCGUUGGACGGCGACUGGUGGCUCCUCUGGCUGUCCAACUUGUACCGAUUAGUUUUCCCAGGGCAGUUGGGCCGCCCCUCUCCGCAGCCCCUGGAGGACAUCGCGGCGCGGUGGAAUGGCGGGGAGCUGGGCGGCAAGAUAUGGGAAAGGUGGAACCUCGUGCAGGCGCUGAUCGAGGGGUUUCCUGUGGCCACGUCAUAUUGGAUGAUGAUGAUCUCCACGCAAGCCACCUAUCGUGCGGAGCACGAAGAGAAGAGGCUGGCGGCUGCCGCCCAGGAGAAGGCCAAGGAGAGCGGCGACAGCGGCAGCAGCCCGGCCUCGGAGGAGUACGAGAGCGAGGACCUUGAGGCGGCGGCUGUCGCGCUCAGGGGCCUCGCUGGCGAAGCUCCGCAGGACGCCGCCGAGGGCGGCGCUGGCGGUCGCCGGGCAGAGCUCCAGCAAGAGCUGGCCCGCCCAGGGCCGCGCUGCCGAGGGCAAGCGAGCGGCAAGGGCAAAAGGGGCCCGAGGGCCAGGGCCGGACAGGCGAGAAGGCCGGCGGAGAGGAGAAGGGGCCGCGCAGGGACUGCGGCCGAGGGCGACUGGCCCGCUCCAGGGAGUGUCCCGGCGGAGAUCCUCGGGCCAGCUGCGUGCCGUCUGACCGGUGCGCGUGCUGCUGCGCAGGCGGGAGUCCGCGCGACGGCGACCAGGACAGUCGGCAUG